AUGCCUGGACAAUUCCAGUUUCUGGAGCCAUCAUGGUUGCGUUGCUUGCUGGCGUUGUGUUCAGCUGUGGCAGAUGGUAUGGCGCUACAGGCUGACACGCAGAGGGACUUGGCCAGCUGCAUCAUCCCAGAAACAGAUGAAGCAGAUGCAGGUGCAGCAGAUGAUGUUGGAGAUUACGACUUCAACAACUUCUCCUGCAGUUUUGCCAAAGACACCGAUGCAGAUAUCUUGUGUGAUGUUUGCAGCAAGGAGAUUCAACCAGGGCAGUGUCAAAUUUGCUGGGUUCAGAAGAACGCACAUGGCAAGUUGGAAUUUUGGGUUCAUUCAGACUGCUUUCCAAGUCUUGCUUGUCAAGAAGGUGUUGAACAGAAAGCAUGCCUUGCUCUUUGUCACCACCUUGAGCGCGCUCCCAAUGGCAACUUGAAGCAGAUCCUUGAGGCCACCCUCCUCAUAUUGACGGACUAUUUGGAUGAAGCGGCAGCUGACGAACUUUGACGACCUUUCUUGACUUUUGAAUUGUCCGGUGGCUGAUUUCAGCUGUCACUGUCUGCAGUUUUGUUGGCAUGUCACAUGUCAUU